AAGACCAUUCUACUUCUAUAUAUAUAAGUGUGAGUGAGAGAAAGCCUCACAUAAAUAAAAAGUCUCCUAUUCUGAAUAAAAUUAUUAUUAACAAUAAUUCACUUAUCUUAAAGACUUGAAUCGACCGGAGAAGAGAUACGUGUCGAGAUCUGAUUAGCUCACCGGAGAGAACAAAACAAUAAAAUGGGGAGGACGACGUGGUUCGACGUUGACGGGUUGAGGAAAGGAGAGUGGACGGCGGAGGAAGACCGGAAGCUCGUGGUUUACAUCAACGAACACGGUCUCGGCGAGUGGGGUUCACUGCCUAAGAAAGCCGGUCUGCAAAGAUGUGGAAAGAGUUGUCGAUUGAGAUGGCUGAAUUAUUUGAGGCCUGGGAUUAAAAGAGGCAAAUUCACUCCUCAGGAGGAAGAAGAAAUCAUCAAAUACCAUGCUCUCCUUGGAAACAGGUGGGCAGCAAUAGCUAAGCAAAUGCCAAGCAGAACAGACAAUGACAUAAAGAACCAUUGGAACUCAUGUCUUAAGAAAAGACUUGCUAAAAAAGGAAUCGAUCCAAUGACCCAUGAGCCAACAACAACAAGCCUCACCGUCGAUGUCACCUCCUCAUCAACUACGUCGUCUCCUACACCGAGCCCCACUUCUUCUUCUGUUUCCUCCUCUUCAUCCAAUGGCUCUGCACGUUUCCUUAACAAGCUCGCUGCUGGAAUAUCGUCAAGAAAACACGGACUUGAGAGUAUCAAGACAGUGAUAUUGUCAGAACAACCAAGAGAAGCCGUUGAUGAAGAGAAGAUGAUGAUAAGCAUGGAAGAAAAGGAAUUGAUGAGUUGUUUCAUGGAGAUUGAUGAGAAGCUGAGUAUUGAUGAACUAUUUUGUGAUGACUCGACGGCUGGCUUUGUGGCUUUUGAUGACUACUCAUUAACCGAUCCAUACAGAUACAGUGUGUACGAAUCUGAUUUCUAUGACGAGACUGAACAGCUUGACCUGUUCCUCCUUUGAAUCACAUCUCUUUGUCUAAUAAACCCAUUUCUUUAGUGUGACGAGAGAGAGAUGUCUGAAAAAAAGCAAGUGCUUAUUAGUACUUUAAAUGACAUGCAUGGUCAAUGUUGUUUCAAAGCUUUGACUGUUACUUUUUUAUUUUAGGUUCUUGUUCUCUCACACAUGCCUAUGAGCCUACAUAUAUUUGAGGGUUUCAUACCAUUUUAGUGAAA